AUGGCGAUCGCGCAGACCAUCCUCACGGAGGGCCUCGCCGACGAGAUCGCGCUCGUGGACGCAGAGGCCGACAGGGUCCGCGGCGAGAUGCUGGACCUGCAGCACGCCGCGGCAUUCCUCCCACGCGUCCGCAUCGUCGCAGGCACCGACGUGCUCGCGCUCACCAGGAGCUCCGACCUGGCCAUCAUCACGGUGCCCAGGGAGACGGCGGCGGCGUCGCGGAUGGACCAGCUGAGGAGGAACGUGGCGCUGCUGAGGGAGGUCAUGCCGACGGUGGCGGAGGGGUCGCCCGAGUCGCUACUGCUGGUGGUGUCGAACCCGGUGGACGUGCUGGCGUAUGCGGCAUGGAAGCUGUCGGGGUUCCCGUCGAGCCGCGUGAUCGGCUCCGGCACGGACCUCGACUCCGCCAGGCUGCGGUGCCUCCUGGCCGAGCACCUCGACGUGGGCGCGCAGGACAUGCAGGCGUACAUGGUCAGCGAGCAUGGAGACGGCGCGCUGGCGCUGUGGUGGAGCAUCCGCGUCGGCGGCAUGCCGGUGCUGAGCUACCUCCAGAAGACCCACUCGUUGUUCGAUGCGGUGGGCUGCGCGGGCGAGGUGAUCGGCCUCAAGGGGUACACGUCCUGGGCCAUCGGCUACUCGGCGGCCAGCCUGGCCCGGUCGCUCCUCCGCGACCAGCGGCGCGUCCACCCGGUGUCGGUGCUCGCCAAGGGGUUCGUCCCCGGCGACACCCACGAGGUCUUCCUUAGCCUCCCGGCCAGGCUCGGGCGCCGCGGCGUGCUCGGGAUUGUUGGCAAUAUGAGCAAAUUACUACGAGAUUUAAUCCAAAUAAACAGAAGAUAA